AUAUAUAGCAACAGCUUCUCAUUGAGUUGUCUUCAUUGUUAUUGAAGAGACCAGUGCUAACUUUUCUCAGCUAGAUGAUUUGACUUGGUAAAGUCACGAUGGAGUACGAAGGACUAGGAUGUCUGCAUGAUAUGUUCAGGCGUCAAGCCAAGAUAUCCCCCGAUGCUGUUGCUAUAGUAGCAGAGGAUGGCAAGACAAUGACAUACAAAGAGUUAGAUGAGGUGACAGAUAUCUUAGCAACACAUCUUCAUGGCAAGGGUGUGGUUAGUGAUUCUAUUGUGGGAAUAUAUCUAGAGAAAUGUCUUGAAUAUCCCAUCGCUUAUAUUGCAAUUCUAAAAGCAGGAGGAGCCUAUUUACCUCUAGAUAUUUCCUAUCCUCAACCAUUGCUUGAUGACAUCUUAUUAGACUCCAAACCAGUCUCAGUUAUCACCUUCAGAGAUUCAGUGCCAAGACUCAAGAGUGCCCGUGAUGUGACAGUUCUUGAUACCAACUGGUCUGUGAGACUGAAGGAAGGAAACAUCAAGCAAGGCCUAGAUGUAUCCAUGUGUUCACAAGUAACUCUGGAUAACUUAGCGUUUGUUGCUUAUUCCUCUGGAACAACAGGAAAACCAAAAGGUAUCAUGUGUGUCCAUCGAGCUGCUGUAUUCUCUUACCACUGGCGACAUAUCAACUACCCAUUCCAACCAGGAGACCGCAUUGCUUGUAAUGUCUUCUUUGUAUGGGAAAUGCUCAGACCAUUGUUGAAAGGUUAUCCAAUGUACAUCAUCCCUGAUUAUGUCAUCUACGAUCCUGCCCUACUCUUAUCGUUUCUGAAGAGGCAUGCUAUUACUCGCAUGUUGUUUACUCCAUCACUCUUGGCUACAGUCUUAGACACUGAUGAUGUAGACAUAGCAACUUCCCUUCAAUCGAUGAGGUUGAUUGUUUUAUGUGGGGAAGUGGUGACUGUAGGUCUAAUGGCUCGCAUUGCUGAGAUUCUUCCUGAUGUCAUCGUCAUGAAUUUAUACAGUGUAUCAGAGACUCAUGAUGUAGCGGCGACUAAUCUAACUCUGGAGAUGAAAUCCAUUCUGGGAUCUGAAGGCAAAGAGAAGACACAGAAGUUUUGCCCAGCUGGUAGGUUGCUCCCUGGUGUUCAUGUUGUCAUCUUGAAUGAUGAGAUGGAACUGCAACCAGUAGGCUCCUCAGGAGAGAUUUAUGUAGGAGGACCUGGCCUGGCUCGUGGUUAUCUGAACCGUCCUGAGAUGAAUGCCAAACGGUUCAUAGCUCGCCCCAAGGGUGUUCCAGAAUCUGUUGGGGAUAGAUUGUACAGAUCUGGGGAUUGGGGAUACAUGUUAUCCGAUGGUCACCUGGAGAUAUGUGGACGAUGUGAUACCAUGGUAAAAAUAAGAGGUUACAGCAUAGAAAUACAGGCUGUAGAAGCAGCCCUCUUGGAGUUGCCAAUGGUGAAUGCAUGUACAGUGUUAGCCAAAGGAGCUGAAGGGGAAGACAAAUAUCUGGUGGCUUACAUCGUCCAAUCAGAACCAACCAGCAAGAAGGAAAUCCGUGCUGCACUCAAGACAAGGAUACCAGGAUACAUGGUUCCUGCAUACAUUGUGUUUCUUACAAGCAUGCCUCUCCUACCUGCUUCUGGCAAGUUAGACAAGAAAAGUCUUCCUGACUUUGACCCCAAGACAGCAGAUAUUGGUCCUGUCAAUGGAGAGCAAGGCAAGCCAUGUACAGAGACAGAGAUAAAAGUUGCAGCAAUGUGGAGUGAUUUACUGAGAAUAGCUAACAUAGAUGUCCAAGAAAGUUUCUUUGAUCUUGGAGGUCAUUCUCUCCUGGCAGCGAGACUCUUAAACCAGAUCAGAGAUGGUUUUGGGGUACAGAUGACGGUUCGUGAGUUGUUUAUACACUCCACAGUGACCCAGAUGUCAGCAUUGAUUGACUCCAAGCUUGUUGGAGAAAGCCCAGAUCAAGGGUCCUAUCAUGCUUUGAAUCUUCAUGAAGAAGUUAACCAACAUGACCAAGGUAUCGUCAGUAUUGACAUGCAAUUACGGGCUUUUUGGCGUUCCAUUCAUUAUGGAGACCGAUGGAGAGCUGGUCGAGUCUUACUGACGGGUGCGACUGGAUUCCUAGGGGCAUUCAUACUUAGGGAUCUUCUUCGGAAAACAGAGAACCACAUUUACUGUUUGGUGAAAGAACUACCAGACUUGACAGGGAAGGAGCGUCUUCUGAGAACACUGAGGCAAUACAACAUCAUUCUUAGAGAGACUGAGGGCGCUGAUGAUAGCGACACUAAACCUACUGACAAUGACAUACUGGCCAAGUUUGACAAGAGAGUCACCGCAAUCACAGGUGAUGUUUCUCUGCUUAGGCUGGGCAUGAUGGAGGAAGAUUACACCUACCUCACCUUUGAGAUUGACAGUGUCGUUCAUGCUGCUGCCUAUGUCAACCUAGUCUAUCCCUAUGAAGCCCUACGAGGUGCCAACGUCAUCGGUACACAGAAUGUAGUACUCUUCUCAUGCACCAAUAAGAUCAAACCUCUGCAUCAUGUGAGCACCAAUGCAGUGUUUCCAGUCGGUCUGACAAAAUGUCGUGAAGAUUGCAACAUGUCUGCAGUUGGUGACCAGCUGACAGAUGGAUACAGUCAGAGUAAAUGGGUUGGUGAGCAGUUAGUCCAGAGAGCUCAGUCACGAGGUCUGCCUGCAGUCAUUUACCGGCCAGGUAAUCUGUCUGGAGAGUCAAAGACAGCCGAGUGGAAUUCAGCAGACACCAACCUCCUAACAUUACAGGGUUGUCUCCGGACUCUGACUGCUCCUGAUGUCAAAUGGUUGAUAGAAAUGACUCCAGUAGACUUUGUUAGUGAAUUUAUUGUUACAGUCAGCCAGAAUAUCAUGCUGGGUGUUAGCAAGGUGUUUCACCUGGUCCAUCCUGAACCUCUCCAAAGCAGGACUUUGUUUGAGUGGAUUUCAGAUCUAGGGUAUCCAUUGCAAAUGCUGCCCUUUCAUGAAUGGUGCAAUGAGUUGAAACGUCUUCAUCAUAGUGCGGAUAAAGAAGAUUCUUUACUGGCUGACAAACUGGACAACAUUGUCAAGAAUGAAUCAUUCUUCAUGGAUUAUACCUCCUUCUCCCAAGCUAACGUUGAGACAGUACUCUCUACUCUACAAAUGUCCUAUCCUCCAUUGGAUAAACGACUCAUUCGCGGUUAUCUCCAACAGCUGUUUGUGAAGAAGAUCUUGAAACCACCGAUCUUACUGUCUUCAAAUUCUCACAAACCCCUGCAAGGUAAGGUUGCUGUCGUCACAGGUGGCUCCUCGGGAAUCGGUCUGGGUAUCGCUAAGUCGUUAGCACAAGCAGGUGCAGCAGUAGCGUUAGCCGCAAGACAUGAAGAGAAACUUGAACAAGCAAGACUGAAGAUUGCAGAGAUUGGAGGGAAGGUUAUUGCAGUCCAAACAGAUGUCUGUGUAAGACAGCAGGUGAAAGAAUUAAUUGCAAAGACUGAAGGCGAGCUUGGCCCGGUGGAUAUUCUCAUUAACAAUGCUGGAAUCGGCUACUACACAUUAAUGAAGAAUUUGCACGAAGACGAGUGGGAUCAAACUGUGGAUGUUAACUGCAAGGGAGUUUUGAAUGGUAUUGGUGCCGUUCUCUCUGGAAUGAUAGCAAGGGGCAGAGGUCACAUCGUGAAUAUCUCGUCUGACGCAGGCAGAGCUUCUUUCCCAGGCUUGGCUGUUUAUGCUGGAACCAAGUACUUUGUUGAAGGAAUGACAUCAUCAUUAAGGAAAGAACUUGUUGGAACCGGCAUCAGAGUAACUAACGUUCAACCUGGCGAUGUCUCGACAGGAUUCAAUGAAGGGAAGAUGAUUGAUCAAGAAGCAAUAGACAAGUAUUUGAACCUCGAGUUGGACAAGUACCUGUCUCCAGACGACAUAGGAAGAGCAGUCUUGUAUGCUGUGACUCAACCCACAGGUGUUGCUGUUAAUGAAAUACUCGUUGAACCGACUGAUUUCCCAGCUGUUUGAAUGACAUCAAAACCUCAUUCUGGUUUUGUUUGAACUAUUUCAAUUGAUCAAAUCAUUUGGUUCAAUCCUUGUCUUUUUUCCGCAAAAGAUGAAAUUCAAGAAAUAGAUUGAGACAUUUCAUUUUAGUAGCACAUUACGUCGAUUGAGUUUCCCUCAGCAGUGUUAUACAGCGUGAAGAAUGAAAACGCUAACUUGUCAGGUUUAAUCAUUUUAAAGAAAUGGCAAAACCAAGUUUUAAUUUGCAUAUACAUGUAUAUAGAACAGUUUACAACGUUAUUAAUGUUUGACUUUGAUCGAACUGCAACUAAGCUUGCCGACAACGAAAAAACAGCGGUGUUGCAAAUAAUGCAAACUGCUAAGGGAAGUGUGUGCCAACUAGUCGGAGAAUAAUACCAAGGUUAUUGAUUGGUUGAAAGUUCAGUUGAUAAGGUUGGCAUGAUGCUCAGUAUCUCCAUAACAAUUCAAGAUUGAUUGUGAUAUAUUUCAAGAAAGGAUGACAUUUUCGUCUGCUCAUUUGCCUAUUUACAAAGUUAUAAUCCAACACAGGUAGACCUGUAUAUCGACAAGAGUAUAAUAAGUUACUCAGUCACCGAAAGCUCGGCAAUCGUAUAUUUCAGAGCACUGAUUUGAUAUUAUAUUCUUGUCGAGAUCACGGUGCUACGCAGCCCUUCCAUGUUUCACAGGUAGACCUGUGCUUGGCAGAUGGCCAUAUACACCGUUGUGUAUACCUGUCGUUGAUCAGUACGCGUCUUCAUUGCAUUUGUAUCCAGUCUGUCGUGGAAUUGUGUCGUUGUGCCGUCGUGUUGUGUCAUCCUGUCCGUUUCAAUUUUACCCUUCUCGAUUGUAAAGGGAGAUUCAACAAAAAGGUAGCCUUUGUUUACUAGCUUGAGAUAUUAAUUAAUACAUUAUUUCUAAUCGUCUGUUGCUCGACAGUAAAAUUUGAUGUACUAGAAGGAGAUAUUUGGAACUCAUGUCCGACUUAAAAUGAAAGUUUAAAAUAGGAAAAGUAUAGUAACGAAAAUGAUAGGUUGAGAAGAUGAUGAUGCCAUGGAUGUUGGUGAGAGGCCCUACUCUCCCCUUCCUUGAAUGCAUCUGGUCUCUGCAAUCCCUCUUGCAAUUCUAUUGAAAGGUUGGAAUGUUCCCCCCCCAAAAAAAAAAAAAGUUCGACCGUUUUCCUAGAAAGCCUGAAUUAUUAAGACAUCAACUUGAUUGAUUGUAUGAUGUUUUACAUUGAUUGUGUGAAUGUAUCUCCUUGGGAUUGGACAGCACCGACAGGUUUAUUCCACAUUGAAUUGGGGGUCAUACAGCCAGGAACCCAUGGAAGUUUUUAUAAAUUGUGGGAACGAUUGCAUUGAUUAUCAUUGUUUCUCAAACUUGGGUGGUUUAUAUUUUUUGUUUUGCUUGUUUGUUUGUUUGUUUGUUUGUUUGUUUGCUUUUUUGUUUGUAAACUUUGCUCAUCUGGUAGAGUGUUCACGGAUGACAGUCGAUGGAAAUGCUGAUAGCAUGAAAUCGAAUCAGCAAUUUGAAUUGUAAAUGAAAAAUCAGGACGUAAAAAAUUGAUCAUAAAAUUCAAAUUUCCAAAGCGAAAAUACCGCAUCGAAGUGCCGUGUUAACACAAUUCUUCCUCAGUCGACUACACGUGUGAUAUUUUAAAGUGUCGAUUUAGUCUUAUCUUGUAAUUUACCUGAAGGGACAGAACGCCAUCUGACCAUUAAAGGUGAUACAGUGA